CCGAAGGGACUGAAGGUUUUUUCUUGUUGGAACGCAGCCGUAGAGACCCGGGGUCAGACACCAGGAAGUGCUCGUAGAACAACCUCUCCCAGCUAGCUAGUUUCAGUCAGAGAGGUUAGUACGGUUGAAACCCAUCACACAACAUGGGGCUGUUCGGCAGGACACCGGAUAAACCCCCCAAAGAACUGAUUAAUGAGUGGUCUCAAAAAAUCAGAAAGGAGAUGAGAGUGAUUGACAGACAAAUUCGAGAUAUUCAAAGAGAGGAGGAGAAAGUUAAACGCUCCAUCAAAGAUGCUGCCAAAAAGGGACAGAAAGAUGUUUGUGUCAUCCUCGCUAAGGAGAUGAUUCAGUCGAAACGGGCCGUCACAAAACUUUACGCCUCCAAAGCCCAGAUGAACUCGGUGCUUCUCAGCAUGAAGAAUCAACUGGCUGUGAUUCGAGUAGCUGGAGCGCUGCAGAAGAGCACAGAGGUCAUGAAAGCCAUGCAGAACUUGGUUAAAAUUCCAGAGAUCCAGGCCACAAUGAUGGAGCUUUCAAAGGAGAUGAUGAAGGCUGGAAUAAUUGAGGAAAUGCUGGAGGACACGUUUGAGAGCAUGGAAGACGGAGAGGAAAUGGAGGAAGCAGCAGAGGAGGAAGUUGACAAGAUUCUCUUUGAGAUCACAGCAGGGGCUCUUGGUAAAGCUCCAAGCAAAGUGACGGAGCCGCUUCCGGACCUGCAGCCUCCGGGAGCCUCAGCUGCUGCUUCGGACGAAGAGUCGGAGGAAGACAUCGAAGCCAUGCAGUCCAGACUGGCGGCUCUGAGGAGCUAGAGUUUCCCCGCCGCGGUUAGAGUCACUUUGCGCAUUUCUCCAGUGCUGAGCAUCCUCCGCUUCAUUGUCACCUGGGUUAACAUUGUGCUUCAACAGUUGUUUAUUUUAAUCCGGCCUGAUAAAAAGGUGCUGCUUUCUGUUAUCUGCAGUGACUCUAGCUACGUCUUUAUUCUCCAAAGUCAAUCAGAAGGUUUAUGGGGGUGUAUAUAAUGUAAGUAUGAUCAGCCUUCUGUGCCUACAGUGGUUAUUCUCUCUCUCCUGUCAGUGUUUAUGACCCAAACUGACCAGCUGAGGAGGAAGUUUUUAAUCUUUUUGGAAACUUUUUGUUCAGUUUACCAGGAAUUGAUCCGCCUACGAUAUCUGAAACACUAGCGGUGAUGGGCAGAGCUUUCAUUUGUUUCUAUUUCCAUUAAUAUAUCUGUUGGUUUUUUUUUUCGUGCUCAUAAGUGUUAAUGAACAUUAAAAUACUACUUCUACACUGCAAAAACACAAAAUCUUACCAAGUAUUUUUGGCCUAGUUUAUAAUGCAAACACUGAAAUAAGACUAAAUGUAUUCAGCUAAGUAAAUAAGUAAAUGUAAGUAAAUAAUUACUUAAUACUGAUGAAAAAUUGCUAGUUUGAUUGGCAGAUUAUUUCAUAAGUGAAAUUAUCUGCCUGUGGAACUAGCACUUUCUCAUAAAUAAUAAGUAAUUAUUUACUUAAAAUAAUCUCCUAUAUCUUGCUGAAAAGUUACUUAUUUGAAGUGCACUAAAAAAUUAGACUAGAAAAAAACUGUUUUUGCUCUGUACAAAGAACAUCCUCACUGCAAAAACACAAAAUCCUACCAAGUAUUUUUGGUCUAAUUUUAGUACAAAUUUCUAAAGUGAAUAGUUUCUUAAUUGAUGAAAAAGUUCCAAUUCCACCAGCAGAUUAUUUGAUUUAGAACAAAAUUUUUCAUGUUGUGAAAUAAUCUGCUAGUGGAACUAGCAAUUUUACAUCAAUAUUAAGAAAUUAUUUACUUAAAACAAGCUCUUAUAUCUCGCUGAAAAGCUACUUGUUAGUUCUCAUUUCAAGUGGACUAAGAUAAAUGCACUAGAAACUAGACCAAAAAUACUUGGUAAUAUUUUCUGUUUUUGCAGUGUACUCAUGUUUUGCAAUAAGCUUCAGCUUGUUCACCGUUUGACUUUGAGUCGCUGUAAUUUUCUUUCUCCAAAAUGCGAAGGAAGUAGAGCUACUGGUUACUGCAGAACACAUGCAUCGUUAAAUAUUGCGUGUAUAAUUUUUGUAUGUGGAUGGACAAAAACAAAAACCUAAUAAACUUUUAAGAAAAAUGUCA